UCUUCUCUGCAGAAAAACAGAGAAAACAGUUUCUUGAACAGAGAGAGAGAGAGAGUCUGUGAGAGAGAGAAAGAAAAAUGGUGGAUGAUUUCAUGGUGGUUUGUGUUGAUAGAAUCAUAGCUUCAGCUUGUUUUCAGUCUGUAAAUGAUGGUGCUGGUGUAGUUGUAGAAAGAAUUAGUAAAGAUGAUCAAGUUGUAAAAAUUGAUAAUAAAAAUUAUGGGGAGGGUUGUUCAAAGAGUAAUAAAAGUGGAGAAAUGAUGAUGAUUGAGUGUAGAAUAUGUCAAGAAGAAGAUGAGGAACAUCAAAUGGAAGCUCCCUGUGCUUGUAAUGGAACUCUAAAGUUUGCACAUAGGAAGUGCAUUCAGAGAUGGUGCAACAAAAAAGGCGAUAUCACUUGUGAAAUUUGCAAUCAGGUAUACUCUCCUAAUUACACUCUUCCGCCACCCAUAACAAAUCCUGAUGGUUUGGCAAUUGAUAUAAGGCAAGCAUGGGGACAACGAAUAGAUCUCCGUGAUCCUCAUUUUUUGGCUCUAGCAGCAGAGCAUCAGCUAUUGCAUCCAGAUUAUGAUGAUUAUGGCAUGGCAAACACCAGUGGGGUGACAUGUUUCCGUUCAAUUGCAUUCUUUUUAAUGCUAGUUCUACUCGUACGCCAUGGUCUGAUAAUUGCGACAGAUUCUGGGUUGAUGCAAGAGUCAUCAGCUCUCUUCCAUGUUUCACUUCUUCAGUUUGCUGGCUUUCUUUUACCAUGUUACGUAAUGGCAAGGUCAUGGUAUACUAUGCAGUGCCGAAGGAGGCGGCAGGGUUAAGUAGGCAUUAACCGAGGUUAAUCGACUCCACUCUUCCACUGAGAAAAAGCUGAGCUUGUUGUUUAAUAUAUCCGCAGGCAAGCUUUUUAUGUAUAUUUUCAUUUUCUCAAUGAUGUAUUUAAAUCAAAUUCGGCCGAAAAACAUGUGCUGAAACUCUUACAAUGGGCUUUUUUUCCCUUGAAAGCCAGUCGGGAAAAUCAAAAGGAAAGAAAAAAAAAAAUGUUCAUUCCUAUAGCAUACCGUUUGUGUUGCAUGUUAGCCACUACUGUUUUAUGAAUCUUUAUCAACAAAACUUGGUCA